GGCUCCCGCGAGGGGGGGAGGGAGGCAGCGCGCACUCGCGCGUGCGUGAGCUGGCGCGCGAGGAAGGCCCGGUCGCGCCGAGGCUCGAGCGGCCGUCGCCAUUUUGUAGGGUUCUCUCUGACGCGGGAGCCGCCGCCACCGGGAGGCUCUCGUCAGGAUGGUGAAGCUUUUCAUCGGAAACCUGCCUCGGGAGGCCACAGAGCAAGAGAUCCGCUCACUCUUCGAGCAGUAUGGGAAGGUGCUGGAAUGUGACAUCAUUAAGAACUACGGCUUUGUGCACAUAGAGGACAAGACGGCCGCCGAGGAUGCCAUACGCAACCUGCACCACUACAAGCUUCAUGGGGUGAACAUCAACGUGGAAGCCAGCAAGAAUAAGAGCAAAGCUUCAACCAAGUUACAUGUGGGCAACAUCAGUCCCACUUGUACCAACCAAGAGCUUCGGGCCAAGUUUGAGGAGUAUGGUCCAGUCAUCGAAUGUGACAUCGUGAAAGAUUAUGCCUUCGUACACAUGGAGCGGGCAGAGGAUGCAGUGGAGGCCAUCAGGGGCCUUGAUAACACAGAGUUUCAAGGCAAAAGAAUGCACGUGCAGUUGUCCACCAGUCGGCUUCGGACUGCCCCUGGGAUGGGAGACCAGAGCGGCUGCUAUCGGUGUGGGAAAGAGGGGCACUGGUCCAAAGAGUGCCCAGUAGAUCGUACAGGUCGCGUGGCAGACUUUACUGAGCAGUAUAACGAGCAGUAUGGAGCAGUGCGCACGCCUUACACCAUGGGCUACGGGGAGUCCGUGUAUUACAACGAUGCAUAUGGAGCAUUCGACUACUAUAAGCGUUACCGGGUUCGCUCUUAUGAGGCGGUGGCAGCAGCGGCAGCAGCUUCCGCAUACAACUACGCAGAGCAGACCAUGUCCCAUCUGCCUCAAGUCCAAAGCACAGCAGUGACCAGCCACCUCAACUCCACUUCUGUUGAUCCCUACGACAGACACCUGUUGCCGAACUCUGGCGCUGCCACCUCAGCUGCUAUGGCUGCUGCUGCCACCACUUCAUCCUAUUAUGGAAGGGACAGGAGUCCACUGCGUCGUGCUGCAGCUGUGCUCCCCACAGUUGGAGAGGGCUACGGUUAUGGGCCAGAGAGUGAGUUGUCCCAAGCUUCAGCAGCUGCACGGAAUUCUCUGUAUGACAUGGCCCGGUAUGAGCGGGAGCAGUAUGUGGACCGAGCACGGUACUCAGCCUUUUGAAAACUGGAGGUGUGAACCUCAAAUGGACUGAAUAACCCUGAGUUGGUUGCAGUCCCAGGAGCCUGAUGUUAAUGAGGCUGCCAGGAUGAAAUACUCCAGAACUAUUGGGGAUCCAAAUUCGGGUCUCACCUUAGCAGAACUGAUCCAAGAACGUCACAGCUUUUGAAGUCGAUUGGCACAGAUCAAGACCAAGAUUUGGCCCUUUGUCUAUAAUAAGUAGAGGAACUUGGUGUGAGUUAACUUUUUUUUCCCCUCAGCCAUUGGUGUCUGGAGUUCCCAUCAAUAGAAGAAUUAGAGAAUUCUAGGAGUGAUUUCUUCUUUUGAUUCGGCAAGGGAGAUUUGGUCAAUUAGGGGAAUCACUGGAACUGUGGCUCUAAAUCUGUGACAGUGUGGCACAUAGGUGUGUUAGUGAUGGGUAAAUGACCAACUCCUCCUUGAUACCCUACCCUUUGUGACUCUCAUUUCUGAAAGCUUGUUUACUAUGAAAGAUUAAAAUGAAAUACAUUUAAAAUAGCGUAGUUGGCCAUAUAUGAGAUCUCAGCAUCUUCUGCCUUUCCUGGACCCAAAAACUAAAUUGUGGUUCUUAAUAAUAUAUGUGUGCCCUUUGUUGGCCUAAAACAUGGAUAAGAAAAUGAGAAAGAUGUAUUUAUCACCAACAUAAUAUCCUCCAACUAGAUUGCAUCUUGUCCUAUAUUUAGCUAUAAGUAGAUUCCUGUAUAUAGCUAUUGGUAGACUCCUAGGGGUAAUUACAUGCAAUAUAAGUUUGAUCCAGUCUGACUUGGUUGUUUUGUUCUUUUUUUUUCCCCUCCCUGGAAUACAGGACGAGACCAGGGCCCCUGUACUCGGAGCCAAGCUGCUCUCCAGGCAUUGUGUAAGCCUCUUGUGUUGUGCUCUCUUUCAGGUAGGAUAAUUGCGGACUGAACCCUCGGGCUGCGGUCAUAUAUGAGAACUUGCUCCGCGCGGUCCCCUUUGCCGGGAUGUUUCCAUUGCUUCAUGUUUCAGUAAACAAAGGAGUUUGUGACCAACUAUGUUUUCUUUCUUAAUUUAAUUCUUCUGAGUUGACUUUUCUUUCUUCUUGAUACUAGUCUUUGUAGCUUUUCACUGUUCCUUAUAUUCUCAGCCUCUGAGCAGCCCUAGGUAAGGAUUACGCUGGCAUCCCCUUCCUGUGCAAUGGAACCCCUCUCAUCUCGCUUUCCCUAGGAGUUGAACCCUUCUCCCUGCCUACCUGGCAGCAUCUCCUUUCCCUUUAAAAUGACCAUGUAGUGGGAAAGCAGCCUUUUACUCCUCUCUGUUAGCUCUGGACUCUAACAUUGAAGCUAAUCUUCUGAAAUUGUUAGGACCAUUGGGGGUUUUGUUGUUUUGUUUGUUUUCUUUUAUGUCUGACCUGUGAUCGUGAUACAGCAUUAGCUGAAAUUUAGCCUUGUUUUACUCCACUCCUCCCAUUUUUUUUUAUUUUUUUGACAAAUAAACGUUUCUAACAUUUAA